ACGUUCGUUAGGGCUGAUGAAAGAAACACGGAAGAUGAUUUUGUAAUAAACAUUCGUGAUCAGCGCCUUUUGUUGAUUUUGUGUUCUUAUUAUUUAAAAACUGGUCACCAAGUACAUCUGGAUAGUUUUAUUUGCCACGAAGACAAGUUACUUUUAGCAAAUAAUUUCCUUGCUUGAUGAUUUUCGGCUGCGAAUUUCUACUAAAAAACGUCAUCAUCGGGCCACCGUCAGGCAACUGCAGCAAUUCAACUCCCGAGUGACGCCCCGUGUGUGGAUCAGAGCCGUGUCGGCGUAGGCCUACCGGUGCGGUGUAUGUAGAAUAUACCGUACCAGCACGGACUGGUACACGUACAUGUACAUCAUCAACAACAGUGAACAGGCAACAACAAACUCGGAACAGUAAACAAAGCUGUUUCUUUGGACUUUGACUCAUUUCUCACACUCGCAGUCAAGUUUCGGCAAACAUGCUCCAUUUAACAGGUCAGCAGUUGGUUUUUCUGAUGGUGAUUCCAUUGUUCAUACAAUCUGUGAUUUCAAUCAGCUUAGCUCCUUUGGCAGCAUGUCCAGCGGACGAUCCAGAUAGACGUGAGCAGCAAGGGGAGAUAACCAGCCCUAAUUACCCUGAUGAGUACCCGAAUGGUUCUCAGUGCAAGUGGCGUAUUUAUCAUGACCCGGAUGAAGUUGUGACUAUCAGCUUUACAGUAUUUGGGGUUGAGGACACUGAUGGGGGUGACUGUUCCUCAGAUUAUCUUGUUAUUGAGGAUAAGAAACAGACUCGGAAGUACUGCGGAUACGACCGCCCUGCUCCGUACAUCUCUGACCCAACCACUGGGAGCAAGACCAUCAUCAUCAGAUUUGAAUCGGAUCAACGGGUAACGGGGAUCGGCUUCCUGCUGGAGUAUUAUAAAAGUCAGCAAAAUUUGGAAUCGUGUCCUGAUGUAGAAUCUGACUUCCUGUGUCAGAACCACAGAUGUAUACCUAGGGAGUGGGUAUGCAAUCAAAUGAAUGAAUGCGGGGAUUAUAGUGACGAGGCUGUGGAUAUUUGUCAUUCAGAACCCUCGCAAUCUCCUGCGACAGGAACCCCCACCUGCCCACCCCACACCAUUUACUGCCUGAAGAACGAUGGCACCACGUCACAGUGCCUUCCAGAAGACAAGAAGUGCGACGGAAACAAGGACUGCUACGGCAAUGAGGACGAAAUAGGGUGUCAGGUCACCUGUGUCCACGAGAUGCCCCCUCCGUCUGGCUCGUUCUCCUCGCCAAACUUUCCGGGCAACUACCAGAACAACCUGGAUUGCCGUUGGACGCUCAUCGUUAGCGAGGGUAACAUCAUCCAACUGCGGUUCGUGGCGUUUGACGUCGAGCAGGGCUAUCGUCGUGACUACGUGACCGUCUAUGAUGGAGGUUCCAUUUCGGCAGAUGUGAUUGGUUAUUUCUACGGUUAUGAGCCUUCCAGUAGUCACUACCCACCAACCGUCAUAGAGGGAAGUGGCAAUCGUCUCUAUGUCACUUUCGUAACAGAUGGAACCUCCACCAAUACAGGGUUUAAUGCAACUUACCAGAGUAAAGGUGACUGCAUUGAUGGUCAACGUAUAUGUAGUGCCACAGAUACCAACUGCUACGCUCAAAAUGAACGAUGUGACGGAAAGUUGACAUGUCUGAAAGGAGAGGAUGAGCAAGGAUGCAAUGAAUGUCCAGAAGGUGAGAUCCCAUGUUCUGAUGAGACGCCAGUCCGAUGCUACAGCAGCGCUGAAAGGUGUAAUGGUCAACCACGUUGUGCAGGUAAGGAGGAUGAGUUGGACUGUCCAGCAUCACUGUGUGGUGGAGAACAUGGCCUCUUUCUUUGUGGAUCAAAAAAGUGUAUCAAGGAGAACUGGAUAUGCGACUCCAAUGUGGACUGCCCGGAUAGCACAGAUGAAAUGAAUUGUCCUAUGUCCCCCAAGGUAAUCACAGCAGCUGUUGUUGGUUCCAUAGUUUGCGGUCUCCUGCUUGUAGCUGCCCUCAGCUGUACCUGUAAACUCUACCAGCUUUACCAUAGUGACCCCCAUCCUCCUACCCACACCUCGCCCCUCAGUGAGAUCGAAGAUGAGCUCAUGAGACGAGAGGCUCCACCCUCUUACACUGCCAGCAUGUCCUCACCGCAUUUCGACGAGGCCCAGCGAGCCUUCAUUGAGAGUCUACAAGCCGCUGCCCAAGCCAGGACAAGUAGUAACAGAUCUGGAAGGUCAUCGAGACGGCGGAACAACAGUCAACCAGAUAGAGAGACUGCUCAGCAGCAAAACACACCAGGAGCCAGCUCUCCGGAUAGUGUGAACACAACUCAGGACACUAUUUCUACCACAGCCAGUACUCCUGGCAGCCCUAAUCCAGACAAUACCCCAUCAUCGGAACCAGUCGAUGAUAGUUCCUCCCCGUAUACAGAAAUCACAGAGCUGCAGCAAACACAAAACUUGGGUGGCGAUACAGCGAGCAGUUGUACAACUGAUACUGAUUCCGAUACAAACGCAGAGGCGGAGCUGGAGCAAAGAGAUCAUGAGAUCAUUAGGGCAGCGACUAAUAUACGUCGCAUGAGGUUGGCAGGAGGUAUACAGACUAUUGUUGAUUCUGUGACAAACCGACAGAGAGAAGGUGCCGGGGAAGAGGAGACAAGGCGGCGAUCGAGUAGCGGUUUGCAGAACAUCAUCGAGCGGGUCAAUCGCACCAGGGAAAACCAGCAAAGAGGGGAGGAUGGCACCAGCGGGCCAAACUCGCCGACAGGUGUUUCUCCUCCCUUGCCUGUACCGGAUGGGACGCGUACUCCACCCAACACGCAGGAAAGCUCGGUCACAAGUGAAGACGACCAUUCCCCUGAAUGGGACAAUGAACUGAACCACCAUUCAACUUCGUCAGCGGAUGGGAACGCGGUUGCACAGAGCGUGCCUGAUUCUGCAGAUCAAAAUAUUUCAUCGUCCGGUGCCUCAAACAAGCCUAGCUCCAACUCACUACAGCCACCUCCAUCUCCCUCACCUAGCUCAAGAAGUGACGAUGCUCCCCUUGACCUUUCAAAUUCAUAUGUUUUAAAUGACGAGGACUCGACUCUUAUAAAUGAUGACGAGGAAAUGCUCUUGGCCAAAUGAUUUUUCUGAAUCAUAGCCCAACUUCACAGAGUACAUUUUACUUCAAGUGCUUUCAGAUGCUGCUCGACUAUGUUGUUCUGUAGUUCAGUAUUCAUCAAACCAACAAUCUGAAAGACACUCUUGCUUAGGAUCAUGUUGAAUUUCUCUCCAGUUUGUACAUUUUACUUUUCUAUCACUGAUAUACUUGAUGAAAUCAAACCACCAUUGUGAUAUCACUAAUCACCUAGACAAAAAGAAAAAGAUUUGGAAGUGAUCUUAAAUACUUGUGGAGGUUUGCCAGAGUAAUUUGAGAUCUUUCAAAGGAUGAAAUCUAUAUGCAUAAUUCUAAUGCAAAUUUUUAGUUGUUUUAUAAUUUUCGUUUGCAGGGAGAGCUUUUUAAAAGCCUGCAUUUGUUAUUCACUGUAAGUUGAACAGAUAAGUUGCCGUAUGAUAGUUUUUGUUUUUGUGUUUUUACAUUGUACUAUGAUUAUGGCAUAUAUCAGUCCGUAGUACAUUCUUUUUGCUUUACUCUUUUUGUUGUUGUCGUUGGGAGCGGUAUCAAUGGCCUUUUGUUGUGACAUAUUCAUAUGCAUGUCUAAACUGCUUUUGAAAAUCCUACCUGGAUUUAUAUCUUGUCCCAACGGUGGUAUGACAACUUGAUAUAUAAUCAUUCUGUCUGGUUCAAUUGUUUGGAUCAUACUUGUAAUACUGCAUGUAAUUUGGAAAAGGAUUUGAAUUCUCUCUACCCCCAUAAACCUCUUAUGAAGCACAUUUAUGUAGUUUAUUUGGUGCUUAGAAUUGUCAUUUGGCUUUAUAAUCAUUACCUCACUGUAAAUAGGACAACCCUUUAAAGCAGUUGAGAUAUUUUCUUUGGAGCGAAUUUGUUGAAACUUGAUGAAUGAAGUACUAGUUAUCUACAUAUAUUGUCAUAUAUUUCAUGUGGUCAUAAUACUUGGUGUGUUUUACAUGCAUUUGAUCAUGGCAAAUGCUGUAUUUAUAGAUUGUUUGCACAAAUAUCAUUGGCAUCUUUGCUUGUAAGCAGUGUAUUUAUCAAGAAGAUUCGCUCAUUCUACACGGAAGAACACAAAUAUAAUAAUGUUUUAUAUUAUGGACUUGUAAAGUAUAAAACUCAUGUAAGCAGAGUAUGCACUCUUUAUUCCUGAGUGAGCCUCACACAUUAAAUUGUUUCCCCUCUUAUUCUAUGAAUCUCUUAUAACAUUUAAUGAAGUAAUAAACACAAAAUAUUUGGGUUGCAGUUUGAUCGCCAGGAAAUGCAGUAAUUACAUGAGUUAAAGUGAUAAAGUUUGCCAUAUCCCAGUCAUUUGUAAAUUGUUUCAGAACAUUAUGAAAUUCUUUAUGAAACAAGCCAUCUGAUUAUACAGUUGUGCUUAAAAGUUAGUAAACCCCACCACAAAAUGCACUUUUUCAUGCUGAGUUCUGAAUGUCGACAACAACACUACAAUGUUUGGCAAGCCCAGAGAAACAAAUUUUAUUGAAUGUAAUAUUUUAUCACUUGACUUCACACUUCAAUAUCUAAAAUAAUUGUGAAGCGCUUUGAACAGUCGUAGAUUGAUAAAGCGCUAUAUAAAUGCCAAUUAUUAUUGUUAUUAUUACUAAAACAUGGCAGAACUUUGAGCACAUUAUAUAUCUUCAUGCACUGGUGGGGUUCACUAACUUUUGAGCACCACUGUAUGUUCUCUCAUGGGAAUGAUUGGGAUCAUUACUCAACCAAUGAAAAAAACAAUUUAAUGAUAAUGAAAAAAAACAUUGUGCCUUUGUGUAUGAUAGGAUUCUUGCUCUGCUUCAAGCAUUCACAAACAUAUAGUGCCAUUCUCAUGAUUUUCUGUCAAUUACAACCAACGAAAUGAAGUCGUUACUUCAAUGUAAUACAAGAUUGAACGCAAAAUUGAUCCAAGCUGCUGUAUGAAAAAAGUGAGAAUGAUAUGCAAUAUCCGUGUACUUCAAACUCUUCAAACCGAUGAGGCAACUUGCAGUUGAGGAGUUUGCCCUUUCUGUAUUCAAGUAUGGUGAAAAUAUAUGUUCCUGUAGAUAUGAUUGCAAAAAAGUUAUUUGUCUAAGAUGGUUUGUUCUGAACCACCUUGUUUCACUACCAUAUAGUGGGUUGACUUCUACAUGUACAUUUAGAUGGUAUUUUGCCUGUAUUUGUUUUUUUUUAAGCCUUAGCCCAUCACAGGUGGAUGCAGGAAGCAUUAUGUUAUUGCUUUAUUUGUCUGUAAUGUUUUUCAAUGCCAUGACAACCAACAAGCCAUUCUACAGAUCAACUCCUAUCUUUGUCCAAGUAUGCAUAGAGGAGUGAUUAUGUCCUGAUUAGUUUUGAGGGUAUUAAGCUCAAAGAUCAUAGAGGUCAUUAUAUGCAUAGAAUGUAUCAUUCUCACAAUGACUGAAGAAUUUAGUCUAAUAUUUCAACUCCAAACUUGGCUCUUGUAUUCAUAUUGGAGUGAUGAUUAUCUGAGUAGAUUUUGGAGACUUGAGGUCAUUAAACAUCUUGUUUUGGCUACGAAUAGGUCUUUACAGGAAACAUCUUGAAAUUGGGCUCAUUCAUUUUGGAUGUCAUGAGGGAGUAACAAUAAUAAUCAGAUCAAAUUUGAAGUUAAUAAGGUCAAGGGUUAUUCCAUUCAUGAGACUGGCCCAUUCCCACUCACUAAAUGGCUCAAAUUAAGCUUUGUCUCAUGUAUGUAUUUGGAAGUGAUGGUGAUCUGGGUCCCGUCUUACAAAGAUUUACGAUCGAUCCGAUCAAUCACAACUAUGGACGGCCAGCAACGUCAACAUAUGGAAUGCAUGUUUGUUCAAAAAAAUUCUAGAUAUGAAUGUAUAUCCAUAAAGUCAUUGAUCUCUUGACAAUCUGGUAUGUUCUCCUUUGUUUACAAAGGACAUUUAAAAAAUUUCCUGUAGAAGAAAUUAUGACACUGAUGGAUUUCCAUAGAGUUACGAUUGAUUGGAUCGAUCGUAACUCUUUGUAAGACGGGGCCCAGAUGUCAUUUUGGGGGUAACUUGGUCAAGGUCAGAGGUCAUGGCUUGUCACAUUAUUUCAGAUGUUUAUAGAUAAAUAAGAAUGAGGCUUGGUUCAUAGGGGAGUGACGAUCUGAUGUGAGUGAAAUAUAUAUUUCAGAUCUGGCAAUGAUGUACAUGUAUGCAUAAAGUGAAUUUUGACCGAUGCAGUCAAGAGCCCAUCUAAUUUUUGCACUUUUGGUCGUUUUACCUUCAGUGAUAAGAUACAGUUUCGAGUUGGAUAAGAUAUAUUUUUCAUUUAAAUUAAGAUUAUAGGUCUUCUGCCUGUCAUUUUAGAAGUAAGUUUUUAUUGUGCAAUUGAAACUAUGUUUAAGAACAACCAUUUUGUAAUGUGAAACAACGUAAUGUUGAUCAUGUGAGUGUGAGAAUAAUAUUUAGUAAUAAUGGUUUU